CUGGGCGACCCGCGGGCAGCAUCGCUCCGGCCGCCUUCGCAUCGCCAUGGGGCACAUCGAGUGGGCCAUGUGGGCCAACGAGCAGGCGCUGGCGUCCGGCCUGAUCCUCAUCGUCGGCGGCAUCGUGGCCACUGUCGGGCAGUUCACACAGUGGUACUUCGGAGCGUAUUCCAUUGGGGCGGGUGCCCUCGUGUGUGUGCUGGAGUACCCCCGCGGGCAGCGUGAGCACGGCUCCACCAUGGAGCGGUGUGGACAGAAGUAUGUCACCAGGCUGGUGAGGCUGCUGGGGCCCCUGGCCAGGAACUACUACAUCCGCGCCUUCCUGCACCUGGGGCUGGCGGUGCCCGCGGGCUUCCUGCUGGCCACCAUCCUGGGGACGGCCUGCCUGCUCAUCGCAAGCACCAUCUACCUGCUGGCUGCCACCCGCGGGGAGCAGUGGACCCCCAUCGAGCCCAAGCCCAAGCCGCGGCCACAGGCUGGGACCACCAUCAAGCAUCCGCCCAGCAACCCCCCUCCCCGCCCCCCUGCCGAGGCCCGCAGGAAGCCAGCUGGGGAGCCAGAGGGGCAGGCGGGGCACGAGGACCCUGCAGCUGGUGGCCCCCAGGCCAACCCUCAGCCUGUGACCGACGAGGUGGUGUGAA